AUGAGCAGCGGCAAUAUAUGGAAGCAAUUGCUAGAGGAGAAUAGCGAACAGCUGGACCAGUCCACUACGGAGACUUACGUGGUAUGCUGCGAGAACGAAGAUUCCCUUAACCAGUUUUUGCAACAAUGUUGGCAGAUUGACGAGGGCGAGAAGGUGACCAACCUGGAGCCGUUGGGAUUCUUUACAAAGGUGGUUUCGCGCGACGAAGAGAACCUCCGGCUCAACGUAUACUAUGCCAAGAGCCCACUGGAUGCACAGACGCUGCAGUUUCUGGGCGUGUUCCUGCGCCAAAUGGAAACCUCACAAAUACGUUGGAUCUUCCUACUGGACUGGCUGCUAGACGAUAAACGAUUAUGGCUACGUCAACUGCGGAACUCGUGGGCCGCCUUGGAGGAAGCGCAGGUGGCACCCUUUCCAGGUGGCGCUGUGGUGGUGGUCCUCAACCCGAGUCACGUGACACAACUGGAGCGAAACACGAUGGUUUGGAACUCCCGCCGUCUGGACCUGGUACACCAGACACUGCGAGCUGCAUGCCUCAACACCGGCUCGGCGCUAGUUACACUUGAUCCUAAUACUGCGCGCGAAGACGUCAUGCACAUAUGUGCGCUGCUUGCGGGGCUGCCUACAUCCCGUCCCGUCGCGAUGCUAAGCCUGCAAAGUCUAUUCAUCCCCCACGGUGCAGAUUCCAUCGGCAAGAUCUGCACCAUCGCGCCCGAGUUCCCUGUUGCUACGGUGUUCGACAACGAUUUUGUGAGCUCGACAUUCGAGGCCGCAAUUGCUCCAGAACUUACUCCAGGACCACGUGUGCCAUCUGACCACCCAUGGCUAACAGAGCCUACCAACCCCCCUUCGGAGGCAACCGCUUGGCAUUUCGAUCUCCAAGGUCGCCUCGCUACCCUAUACCGGCAUCUUGGUGACUCUAACAAGGCCAUAUCUGUUACUCAGCACCGCUUCCACAAGCCCCGCUCGGAAGAUUAUGCAUACGAAUUCGAGCUGCCGUCUAAGCACCCUACAAUACGUGACCUCAUACGCUCUGCCGCAGCCGACUCACCGAACGACGUCGCUGACUCCAUCGAUGGGCUUAUGGAUGGUAUCGUACAAAGGAAUGUUCAUUGA